AUGCCUUCUUCCGUCAAGUCUACACGGAGCCGCGACGACGCCGAGAAGCUCGCCGGUGCGCCCGACAAGCUGCAGCAUGUCGGCGACGGUGCGAGCUCGUACGACGAGUCGCUCGAGAGCCGGGCGGCAGCCGAAGGGAUCGACGCCGUCUUCCUCGCCAAGGUGCAGGUCAUCAACCGCGGCCUCGCCGACUGCGGCUUUGGUCGCUACCAGUGGCAGCUCUUCUUCAGCGCCGGCUUUGGCUGGUUUGCGGACAACAUCUGGCUGCAGGCGAUCGCCAUCGUCAUGCCCGCCAUUGCCGCCGAGGAGGGCUUCCGACCUUACCCUGGCAUCCGCAUGGCGACGUUCGCGCUCUACACCGGCCUGAUCCCGGGCGCGUUCUUCUGGGGCAUGACUGCAGACGUCUGGGGUCGUCGCAUCGCGUGGAACUCGACCCUCUUCAUCGGCGCCGUCUUUGGUCUCGCCGUCGGCGCCUCGCCCAACUUUUACGUCCUCUGUGUCCUCCUCGCGCUGUGCGGUUUCGGAACUGGCGGCAACCUCCCGGUCGACGGCGCGCUUUUCCUUGAGUUCAUCCCCAACUCGCACAACUACCUCCUCACGUUCCUCUCGGUCUGGUGGGCCAUCGGUCAGGUCGUCGCCUCGCUCAUCUGCUGGGUCUUCCUCGCCAAGUACUCGUGCGACGCGGCUCGUGUCGGCAUCGACGGCUACAGGUGCACUACCGAGAACAACCAAGGCUGGCGAUACUCGAUGUACACGCUCGGCGCCCUCAUGCUCUUCCUGUGGGCCAUCCGCUUCUUCGUCUUCCCGAUGCACGAGUCGCCCAAGUUCCUCGUCGCCAAGGGCCGCGACGAGGACGCCGUCGCCGUCAUCCAGGCGAUCGCCAAGAUGAACGGUCGCGAGGUGCACCUGUCGACGCAGGACCUGCACCGCGCCGCCGUGCCUUACUUCCGCAAGGAGGGUGAUGGCGCCCAGGUCGCCGCCGGCUUCACCACGUUCGAGCUCAUCAAGAUGUCGUUUAAGGAGUGGGACUCGCAGCAGUUCAAGAUGCUCUUUGCCACUCGCCGUCUCGCUUGGUCGAGCUCGCUCCUGAUCUUCAUCUACGGCGCGCUCGGCUUGGCCUACCCCAUGUACAACGCGUUCCUGUCGGGCUUCCUCGCCGCCAAGGGCGCCGAGAGCGGUGACACCUCGAUCGACUACGUCUACGGCGGCUACACCUACCAAGCAGCUUGCGGUGUCAUCGGCUCGAUCGCUGCCGCCGCCCUCGUCCAGUGGGGCCCUGGCGGUCGCAAGUUUGCGAUGGCCUUUUUCACCGUCGGCGCAGGCGCUUUCCUCUUUGGCCUCACCGCCGCAAGGUCGCAGGCGAGCAUCAACGCUCUCACGUGCAUGGCGGCGCUCUUCCAGAACGCGUUCUACGGUGUCCUGUACGCAUAUGCUCCCGAGGCGUUCCCUACGCCCGCUCGCGGUACCGGCGAUGCCCUCGUCAGCACGGCCUCGCGCGUGACCGGCCUGUUCGCGCCCAUCAUCGCCGUCUACUCGCCCGCUGCCGACUCGCCCAACGGUCCCGUCUACACGGCCGCCGCCAUCUUCGUAGCUACCGGUCUCUCGAUGAUGCUCCUGCCCAUCGAGACGCGCGGUCGCGAUGCAACACGCGCUCGCGCUCGCACGCGCUCGAUCCCGUUCAUUCGGCGUUUCCUCCCGGCUCUCGGGCGCUCUCGGCGCGGCUCGUCGUAG